AUGGAUAAACAGUACAUCUCCUAUAACAACGUGCAUCAGUUGUGCCAAGAAGCAUCGACAAAAAUCAAGCAAUUCAAACCUGACUUGAUCAUUGCCAUUGGCGGAGGUGGAUUCAUUCCGGCAAGAAUCUUGCGUACUUUCUUGAAAGAACCUAAUGUACCCACAGUACGCAUUUUUGCCAUUAUUUUAUCAUUGUAUGAGGAUUUGCAGUCUGUAGGUUCGGCAGAGGAAAAACCUGGGGUAGCCGUGCAAAGAACGCAGUGGAUCGAUUAUGAGCAGUGCAAAUUGGAUCUUGUAGGCAAAAACGUUUUGAUUGUCGACGAAGUUGACGAUACACGUACAACGCUGCACUAUGCUUUGAGCGAGCUGGAAAAAGAUGCUGCGGACCAGGCUCGUGCCAAAGGCAUUGAUUUGCAACAACAUCCAGAGAUGAAGACCAAUUUUGGCAUAUUUGUGCUCCAUGACAAACUCAAGCCCAAGAAAGCAGACUUGCCUGAAGAUAUACUCAACAACGAGCUGCGUUAUAUCGCAGCCCGUAAAGUUCCUGACAAAUGGUAUGCUUACCCAUGGGAGUCCACGGACAUUGUAAGUCACACACGCAACGCUGUGGAACAGGGCAACGAUGUUUUUUUGGAUUAA